AGAUGGAUGCCAUUGAAUUAGUGUGUGCCGAGACUGUCAAGGCCUAUGUAUAAGCUGUUACCAUCACCGGUCACAAUGUGGAGUGCUACGGCAUUAAUAUAUGCAUGUUGUAAAAUAUAGCCUUAUGUAAAAAUUGUACAAUUUUUAUCAACUAACGAAUUAUGAAUGCAUGAAUCGAUAUUGUGCGAGUUUUAGUUGUGUUAGUAUAUUAUAUUGAAGCAUAUUUACAGUUUAAACAUAACCUAUCAGAUUUCAAAAUUGGUCGACGUUUAUUCCAUGUACAUAUUCGGUGAUUUAAAUAAAUGAGUACGUUUAAAAGAUUUGUAUAGAAAUAUGUUGUUUAAAUACAAUAUAAAUAUACUUUCUCUUAAACUGUUCACACGAUAUUUAUAAUUCUACUUAUACAUAAUGGGUGAAUUAAAUGUAUGUUUUCAAAUAGAUACAGACAAUCGUGAAAAUUUUCCAUCUGCAGCUGCUUUUCAGACAUUUAAAAAUCAAAGAGAUAGUUUUUAUGAGAUAUUUAGGAUAUGGGAAAAAAACCAUUCGGUGCCUGGAUGGAUAUUUCAAAUAGCUUUAGGAAGUAAAAUAAGAACUAUGUUGACAUUACACAAUGAUGCUACUAAUUAUUAUCAUUUUGCAAGAUUAUUUAAGUCACAACUUUUGAUUUCAUGUAUACAAAAUAGGCAACAGGCAGAGGUAGAAGAUGAUGAAAGUAUAAGUGUUUUAAAGACAUUGAAAAAUGUAAAUCCGAAAAAAUUGGAUCAGCUUCAAAAGAGAUUAGUAACUCCACAGCCUUCCAAAAAUCAAAUUACGGAACCAUCUUUCCCUGGGGUACAAGAAUUUUUCAAAGACUUUAUACUAUUUGCUUUUAACCCAAUCUUUUAUGUUCAUCUAGAAAAUUGUUUAAUCCACGAGAUAAUGGAGUUGAACGAUACUCAGUUUAACAAUAGUGAAAUAGAAGAUUCAGAAACAAUAGUUGAUGAGCGAACACAACAAAAUUUUAUUACUUGUUUAUCUAGCUUAAGGCUCCUUGCAAAAGUUUUAGGUUUUCUUAUAUCAUUACCAUAUAGAUCAGAAUCAAACAAUUUUAAAGAGUUGAUAGCAACCCAAGUAGAAAUUAGAAGCAAAGUUGUACCAGCAAUAAAUUUACAUGUUUGUCUACAUAAUGCAAUAGCAUUAGGAAAAUUAUCAUUAACUGUACCUUGGAUUGCAAAAUACUUGGCUAUGAUGGAUACUGUGUCUCUUCGUUUACCAUAUUAUAAGCAAAUUUUGGAACUUUUAUAUUACAUUUAUAAAGCUGUAAAUCAUUUUGAUUUUUCACCAUCUGACAGUUUUAUUUCUCAACAAACAGCAGUUCUUCUUAAAUCUACUUUAAGUUGGUUAUUUGAAUUACCAAACGUUCCAAAAGAUUUAUAUUCUAUGUGGCAAAAGAUAUAUAAAGUUAGAGAAUUGCGAAGUUUGAAGCAACCUGAUAAAUAUCAUGAACAAAAAUAUAUGCUAUUAGGAGAGCCGACUGUGUCUGUUACAUCAACUAAAUGUAGUUUAGACAAAUUGGACAUAAUUAAUGAAAGAACGUUGCGCAUAUGUUGUCCAUUGGUUGGAUUAAAUGUAUCUGUAUCAAAUUCUAAUACAAAUCUAAAUAAUUACAACUCAAAUAAACACAUUACACCAGUUUCUAGUCAACUUCACAAAUCUGCUAAGAGUGCAGAUAUAAAGCAUUUAGAGUUGCAAUUGGAAGAGGCAUUUUUUGGCGGACAACCAGCAUCUACUCGAAAAACUGUUGAUUUUGUAUCAGAGCGAGUUGCAUCAACUUGUGUGAAACAUAUAUGUAAUACUUUGUUAAUGGCUUCUAGAGAAACAAAUCUGAAUAUUUUUAGGGAGGUUCUGGAAAAAAAACAAAUCGAAAUUGAGAAAUUCGGGGAACAACGUAACGUUACAGAUUUUAAGGCAAUUGUGACAACUGAUAUGAAUACAUUGGCUACAAAUAUGUCUAAAGAACUGAAAGAGCAGUGCGAAAUAUCUAUACCAGGAAUUUGUGAAUUACGGGUAACUAAAUGUAUAGAAUCUCUUUUAGCGGAGGAUUCGUUGACACCUGUGAAAGAAAUGUGUGCUAAAAUUGCUACGAGAUUAGCUAUGGAACGUAUAUAUCAAUGGAUACAAUCUCACAUAGUGGGUGGCUCAGUAUUUAUAAAAGAUAUGGAAGUUGAAUUAAAUAGAUUUUUAAGGAAUAAUGCACCACUUCAUCCUAUCGAAGAAAAGAAACAUAAUCCAAAUGUUAUGAGCCCAACAACUAUCACUGAUAACUUGAGAGAACUUAUAUGGGUUAUACUUGAUAAUGGUGGUGAUUCUUUAACAAUAAUGAUUGUUUCGACUAUAUUAGAUAAUUUAUAUCAGACUUUAAAUGAAAGAGCUGAUUUAGUUGUGGGGCCAGAGAAAGUUUUAUAUUCUCUUAGUACAGAUUUUGCGUUAUUUUUAGUUGCUUAUCGAAGUGAUCUGUUUAUUCCAAAAGUUCAAGAAAAAUUUAUAACAGUAUGGGCAAUGAAUCGUUGUAAAACUUUGGAAUCAGAUUCGCCUAUACAUAGAAUACUUAGUUCUAGAAACGUUAUGCUCUUAGCUCAACCAGAAAAAGAAGAAGUUUGGACAGUGUUUGGAAAAUUUAUUAAUAAAUUAAUAGAGAAAAAUGUUUUAGAUAUUAACAGUUUUAGCGACCAAUGUGUAGCUUUAUUUAGGCAGAACUGGCCUGUGCCAAUAUUGAAGCAUCUGUCAAAAUGUUUAAUGGAAGUUAUAACAGAUUUCAAAGCAUCAGAUGAAACAACAGAGAAAGUAAAAUAUCUACUUGGUUGGAUAGCUGAAACGUAUAACGAGAUAGAGUUUUGCAGUUAUUACAAUUCCAUAGACUGAUGUUCUUUUAAUCCUUUAUACUUAUAGCUUCUUCGUGGGCUAAUAUACUGUAUAAAUUCUACAAUUCUUGUGCAUAUAUGAAUGUAAAUUAUUGUACAUUAAUUAAUUAAUUUAGUAGGUGAAAGAGAUGUAUAUUUACAGUAUACAGUAAUUUCGGAAAUUGUUAUUACGAUAUGGUUGUAAAUCGAUAUAACGAAUUUCAGUUUAUUUUAAAGUACAUAAAUUGCUGAACUUGCAAAACAAUACUAUAAAUUUGAAAUGUAGGAUUUGAUUGGUUUUUUAUUUAGCAGCACUACUUACUGUUGAUCGUUGUAUCUGUACAUAUGCAUUGUACAUAUACAUAUGCACGGAUUUCAAUUUUUACUUUUAAAUGUAAUGUUAUAUACUCGUUUCUAUGUUUGACACCAACUGUUGCAUUUUAAUGGAUAAAUGCGUAUUUUGUAGUUAACGACGAAAUAUUAACUUUUCGUAUGUACGAAACGUAAAAUAAAGAAAAAUUUGUUUUUUA